AGCGGGAGCCUUGGAUUGGGGAGGGGCCCCAGGACCUGAGAUGUUAGAACUAGAUUAUGUUAACAUCGGGCUGUUGGAGCCAGAAAACUCCUUUAGAACCUGGCAUGGAAGAGCCGAAUGAGUGGUAGUAUUCACUCAAAUACUUACUGAGCACGCAGUGUUCCAGGGACUGAGGGGUGAGGUACGAUAAAAUAGAGUCCCAGCCUCCUGGAGUUGAUUUCAGUGGGGGUGGGGGCAGAUGAUAAGCAAAUUAUGUGAUGGUAGUGUGGGCUUUUGAGAUUUAGUUACUUAUGGUGGUACUGGGGUUUGAACUUCAGGCCUCGCGCUUGCUAAGCAGGCGCUCUUACCACUUGAGCCAUUCUACCAGCCCUUGAUGGUGAUGUGGAAACAAAAAUUAAAGUAGGGUAAAGGAGGUGCAAGUUUCAGUUUUAAAUAGGUGGUCAGUUGUCACAAGAAAUUAGUAUUUGAAGUGAUGGAUUUGUUAAUUAGCUUGAUUUAAUUAUUCCAGUGUUGUAUCCAGAAGUCAUAGCAUUCACUUUGUAACCUGCAAAUGUAUACAACUAUAAUUUAUUUACAAUUAAAUAAAAAAUUUUAAAUAUAAAAAUAGGUAAUCAAGGUGGACCUCACUGAGGCAUUGAGUAGACUUGAAAGAGUGGGGGGAGUCACCCAUGGGGGAAGCUGAGGACAGAGUGGUCCAGGCAGAGGAAAUGGAGCAUGUAGAGGCUCUGAGGCAGCUGUGUACCCAGCAUGUUCCCCCAACAGCAAGAAGGCCAGAGUGGCUGGAAUGGAGUGUGUGUGUGUUAGGGGCGGGGAGAUUGCAGUGAUGGAAGGACUUGUGGGACCCUGGAGGCUUUGCUUUUUACUCGAGCUGAAGAACCAUUGGAGGAUUUUAAUCAUGGAGGCACAUGGCUGGGGCUUCAGAAGGAUCAGUCUGGCUGAUGGGCUACUGCUACCAGUGCCAGAGCCAGGUGCCACCUCGCAGUGGCCAUUGUUCUGCCUGCCGGGUCUGUAUCCUGCGCCGGGACCACCACUGCCGCCUGCUGGGUCGCUGCGUGGGCUUCCACAACUACCGGCCUUUCCUGUGCCUGCUGCUCCAUACCUCUGGUGUCCUGUUCCACGUGUCGGUGCUGCUGGGCCCAGCCCUGGCAGCCCUGCUGCGGGCUCACUCAGCCCUGCAUACCGCGGCCCUCCUGCUGCUGCCCUGGCUCAUGCUGCUCACAGGCAGAGUGUCUCUGGCUCAGUUUGCCCUGGCCUUCGUGAUGGACACAUGUGUGGCAGGCGCGUUGCUGUGCGGGGCUGGGCUGCUCUUCCACGGGAUGCUGCUGCUACGGGGCCAGACCACAUGGGAGUGGGCUCGGGGCCAGCACUCUUAUGACCUGGGCCUCUGCCACAACCUGCAGGCAGCCCUAGGGCCCCGCUGGGUCCUUGUCUGGCUCUGGCCUUUCCUGGCUUCCCCAUUGCCUGGGGAUGGGAUCACCUUCCAGACCAAAGCUGGUAUGCUUCCUGACUCCAGGAGGAGCCAAAACUGAACAGGGCAGAGGGGAGCUGAAAAGGGGGCUGGUAACUCAUUUCUAGCCCUGUGCCAACUGCAGAAGGGAGGCCAGGUGGGCCCUUAAUGUUAGCCUGCAGUGGGCAGCUCUAGUCCUUGGCCUUGGCCCUACCCAGCUUAGACUCCUCCAUGUCCAGGGCUCUUGGCAGAGGAGGAUCUGCCAAGGGGCUGCUCAGCCUGCCUGGCUGCCCCUCUGCUGGGCUGAUAAAGUGCCCAAUCGGUUCUUGGCCUCCCUCCAUCUUUGCUGGGUUUCUGGUCCCUCACUUUGUUGUCUUGGCUGCUGUUUUUAGUUCCCGUGAUUGUCAGGCCUGGAAUGACAGGAUGCUCAGGGUCUGGAGAGCCAGAGCUCUGCGUCCUCUGGCCCUGGCAGGGCAGGGCAGGAUCCAGGCAAAGGUAAUCUAAAUAUGCUUUACCCAGUCAGCACUUGAUAGAAACAUCUCUGCAGCAGGGGUCUCUCUUAGCUGACCAGGGACAUGGACAGCAGUUUGGUUCGGGUGGAAAACAUAAAAGCUCUGCCAGCCAAUGUGACAACACUGGAGAAGGUAGGAUUUGAAUUCAGGUCCUUGUGCUUUUGUCUUCACCCUUGCACAGCUGCAGGAAGCAAGCAGCAGAUAAAUCAAGGCAAUAAGCUGGGGGUGUUCAGGCACCUGCAGAGGUUAUGCUGAGCCAUUAGGCCUGCACCUCUGGCUCUUCCAGAGUUGUGUGUUCAAUCUUUUAUGUAAAUUCAGUAAACAGCUAAAUAUGGCAGGCUUCAGCACAGGAGUUUCUGUUUGCUCUGACUCUGCUAAGAUGAUACUAAAGAAGUAAAAAGAAAUUUGCAAGGGGAAGGAAGAUGGGAGACAGCAGUAGACCAAAGAUCCUCAAAUUCUGAACGAUGAAAAAUGGUUGGAGCUUGCUCACUCUCUUAGCAGAGAAUUAGAAAUCAAAAUGAUUUCUCAAAGGAGAAGGUCGAAUUGCCCCCCAGAACCCUGGAGAGGCUAAUGAAUUCCACCAGUACCGUGGAAGGUCAGGCGAGGCUUCAGGUCAACCCUGCGAGGAGGAAAAGGCUGUAAAGACAUUCCGGGCACACCCCUCCCACAGGGCCCACCCAUACCUUACAACCAAGCAGCUGCCCCUCUGGGAUGAAAUG